AUGUCCGCAAUUCAGAAGAACGUCGAGGCCGCCUCCGAAAAGUACUCGUCCUCUUUCACCAAGGGACAUCUCGCCCUUCCACCGGCAAAGAAGUAUCUCGUUCUGACGUGCAUGGACGCUCGCAUCGACCCUGCACAAGCAUUUGGGAUCGAAUUGGGCGAUGCUCAUGUUAUUCGAAAUGCUGGAGCUUCAGCCCCUGAUGCGCUUCGUAGCAUCAUCAUCUCCGAGCAACUUCUGGGAACUCACGAAAUAGUUCUAGUCAAACAUACCGGAUGCGGCAUGUUGACGUUCAGUAACUCGGACGCGUAUGGUUUAGUCGAAACCAACCUUGGUUCCGAGGCCGUGGACGAGCUCAAAACCCGUAACUUGGAUUUUCUGCCGUUUUCAGAUCUGGAGGAGGAGGUGAAGAAAGACGUCAAGUACUUGCAGGAUGCAAAACUCGUGCCGAACAAUGUGGCAAUCAGCGGGUGGAUAUAUGAAGUUGAGACUGGCAAGACUCGACGUGUCGUGUAA